UAGGCCAGAGUACACAUGCUCUCCUGUCUGCUCCUCAAGAGGACCACCAGAGGACAACCAGAACCAGCACACUCCAGUACCAGGAGACACCAGAACCAAAAAUAGACUGCAGCACCAGUUGAGUGUGGAACCAAUAGACUUGCAGCACCAGUUGAGUGUGGAACCAAUAGACUUGCAGCACCAGUUGAGUGUGGAACCAAUAGACUUGCAGCACCAGUUGAGUGUGGAACCAAUAGACUUGCAGCACCAGUUGAGUGUGGAACCAAUAGACUCCAGCACCAGUUGAGUGUGGAACCAAUAGACUUGCAGCACCAGUUGAGUGUGGAACCAAUCGACUGCAGCACCCGUUAAGUGUGGAACCAAUAGACUCCAGGAUGUCUCCCUGCUCUCUCCUCCUGUCCCUGCUGUUGGCUGCAGCGCUGCAGUGUGAGCAUGCCCAGUGCAGACGUGUACCGUGCUCCGACCGCUGCUGCUCCUUCGUAGAGGGCUUCCCCGUCAGACUGAAGGAGCUCCGCACCGCCUUCUCCACCAUCAGAGACUACUACGAGGCUAAUGACGAGCUGGAGACAUCCCUGCUGGACGAAGGGAUUCUACACCACUUGAAGAGCCCGGUGGGGUGUCACGCUAUGGACAGCAUCCUGAAGUUCUAUCUCGACACGGUGUUGCCCACCGCCAUGAACAACAGAACACAGAACAACAACGACUUUAAGUCUCCCAUCGACUCCAUCGGAAACAUCUUCCACGAGCUGAAGAAAGAGAUCGUCCAAUGCAGGAACUACUUCUCCUGUAAGAAACCGUUUGACAUCAACGAGUUCAUCUCCUCGUAUGAGAAGAUGCAGGAUAAGGGCCUGUAUAAGGCAAUGGGAGAGCUGGACCUACUCUUCAACUACAUUGAGGAGUACCUGGUCUCUAAGAGACGCAAACACUGACCCCUGACCAAUCAGAAUUUGCCAGAGUUAUGUGGCUAAUCCUAACCUCUAAUAACCUCCAAAGCCCAAACAUCUGGGACUGUCUUUUUGUGGAAGACCAUGAGACUGAAGUGUAUGGGUCCUGAGGACCUUCUCUCUCUACGUUACUAGGCUAGUCUUUAGUCCUACUCUUCAGUUCUGAAAGAACACCUUGAAGAAUAACUUCGGAGGACUUCAUCAAUAUAAUAUAUGGCAUUUGCCUUUUAUCCAAAGUGACUGAGAGCACUGCUGUCAUACAUGUUUGUAUGGGUGGUAUCCUCAGUGGGUAGCGAACCCUUGUUCCUGACCUGGGCUGAGCUUGCAAGCGCCACGCUCUACCGACUAAGCCACACAAGGACUUUCUCUUUAAAGUCCCUGAACCACAUUUAGUCUCAGGUUAAUCAAAACGUUUAUUACUGAGUCAUAUUGACUGAAACAUACUGCUGUAAAGUAUUGCAUCAAAUUUGUUGCAUUUUUUGUAAUUUUAUUUUUUUAGGGUUGACUUUCUGAACCUCCUUCCUUCCUUAUAGUAUAGUCAUGAUGUUAAUCUAGCCACCAUGUGGAGUAAGGAAUCAUGUGUUACUGUACAUGUGGAGAAAACCAGUGAGAAGGGGAAUCUACACAUUCACCAGUGUGACAGAGAAUGUACACCUUUAACAUGUUUUAAUAUGUAAUAAUGAGUGUAUUUACACAUGACCAAGUUUACAACCUAUUGAACCAUUUAGUUAUAGCUUACAGUAUAUUUACUACCAAUAUCAGUAUUGAUUUAAAUUAAAAACCGUCCGUGAAUCUCAGUGGAAUACUGCACCACAAUGUUUGAUUAGUGUGGCUUGUGAAAAAAAGUGUGGCUACAUAGGAAUUAUUUCAUGAUUAUUUCGGACCACUACUCCUCCUAGUGGUCGUUUAAUUUGGAAACGCCAUUUAAGCUUUAGAAUGUGCAGACUGGUUUGGAAUAGUGUGCUUGCAUACAACUAUUUAUACUUUUUUAAAACUAUUGAACUUAUUAAACUUCAUCCACUUUCAUGGAAUUUCCUCGAAAUUCUAAAACUUUCCUUUUGUUGAAAACACCCAACAUUCUAUUCACAAUAAACAAUGUAACUUUUAAGACAAAUCAGCUACUUCGACCACAUCCCAACAACGUUGACAAUAACUUAGAGGGCUUCCAAGAGAAAAGCCCAGAGUGUUGCAAAGCUGUCAUCAAGGCAAAGGAUGGCUACUUUGAAGAAUUUCAAAUGUAAAAUAUAUUUGUAUUUAUUUAACAGUUUUUUGGUUACUAUAUGAUUCCGUAUGUGUUAUUUCAUAGUUUUGAUGUCUUCACUAAUAUUCUACAAUGUAGAAAAUAGUACAAAUAAAGAAAAACCCUUGAGUGAGUAGGUGUGUCCAAUCUUUUGACGGGUACUGUUGGUGUGCCUAAAUAUUUGUGAGGUUGAGUGUAUUUUUGUUUAACCUUCAUUUAACCAGGAUAGUCUAGUUGAGAUUUUAAAAAAUCUAUUUUUCAAGAGAUUUUAACCAACUGUUUUUUUUUUUUUUAGCUACAAUGUUUUUGUAUUUAUUUAUGAUUUUUUAAAAACUUUCUCUGUCCUGCAGUUUUAAAAUAAAAUAUUUUACUUUGGAACCGUUUUUCUUUUAAACUUUAAAAUAUUUAAAAGCCUUUUAAGUGUAGAUGAUCAGUUUCACAUUCUGUUGUAAUGCUGCAGCGACGACAAAAUAAAGAUCUCUUCUGAAUCUGA